AUGCAGUGCCAACUUUGGAUGGGCAGUUUGGAGCCAAACAUGACGGAGAGUUUUAUAUUGGCUGCCUUUCAUAGAAUGGGACAACGGCCUUUAGCUGUAAAAGUUAUGCGAAAUAAAUUCACUGGAGAACCAGCCGGCUAUGCUUUUGUUCAUUUUCAGACAGAUGAAGAAGCAAUUGAUACUAUGCACAAACUGAAUGGGAAGCCUAUCCCUGGUACAUUCCCUGUGGUGAGAUUUAGACUAAACACAGCAUCAAGGGAAGCCCGUGCUAACAUGCAACAAGAGAGGGAGUUUUCCGUUUGGGUUGGAGACCUCAGCCCUGAUGUUGAUGAUUAUUCAUUAUAUAGAGUAUUUGCCUCUAAAUAUUCUUCUAUUAAAACAGCUAAAGUGAUUUUGGAUAACGCUGGUUAUACCAAGGGAUAUGGUUUUGUCAGAUUUGGCAAUGAAGAGGAACAGCGGAAUGCUUUAUAUGCAAUGAAUGGGUAUACAGGCCUUGGUACAAAGCCGCUUAAAAUAUGUACAGCAGUGCCAAAACCUAAGAGUGCUAUAACUACUCAGACCACAACAACCACCUCUACAAACCCUGCAUACUCAUCAGGAACAGAGUACAACCAAUAUUAUGACCCAUCCGCUUAUUGGCAAAACUAUUCUGCUUGGUCUGGGUAUUAUGGACACGGUGACAACACGUCUGCAGUUGCGCAGGUACAGACUGUGGAUUCUGCACAGGCUUUAGCGGCAAAGGCACAAAGUGAUGAACUUGCACUUGUUGAGCAUAAAAGGUUUUUAGAUGUGGAUAAACUGAAUCAAGAUUUCAUAGAUCCAGAACUUUCGUUAUGGGAUGGACUAGAGUCAUCACAGUGGUUCCCUCAUGAAGUUGUGGAGGCACAUUGA